CAGAGUGAAAUUUUGAAUCGAUUUUGCAAUGCCGCAGUAAAGUUGCACUGUACUUUUAAUUCUAAUAACAUUAGUUUAAUUUAGAAUAAGCAGCAAAAAUGUUCCGCAGCAAGCUUGUAUUAGGAGUAAGUCUCACAGGAACUAUUAUUGGCGGUUCGGUGCUGUUAAAGGAUUACAUGCAAGGUGCCCGAUUCAAGCGUGGCGGUGAUAUACGGGCCGAUGGAAAGGUGGUAAUCGUUACUGGGGCUAACACCGGUAUUGGAAAGGAAACGGUUAUGUAUUUGGCUAACCGGGGCGCCAACGUCUAUAUGGCCUGCCGUGAUAUGAAGAAGUGCGAGGAAGCGCGCAAGGAAAUUGUACUGGAAACGAAAAAUGCAAACGUCUACUGUCGGCAAUGCGAUCUGUCCUCGCUGCAGUCGGUGCGCAAAUUUGUUGAGCAAUUCAAACAGGAGCAAACUAAGCUGGACAUUUUAAUCAACAAUGCCGGUGUGAUGCGCUGUCCACGGUCAGUUACAGCGGAAGGCAUCGAGUUGCAGCUGGGUGUUAACCAUAUGGGCCACUUUCUGUUAACAAAUCUACUCCUCGAUAUGCUUAAAAUGUCGGCUCCUAGUCGUAUCGUUGUGGUUUCUAGUCUCGCACACACACGUGGCAAAAUAAAUGUUCAGGAUUUGAACAGCGAAAAGAGCUAUGACCGAGCUGCAGCUUAUGAGCAAAGUAAGCUGGCCAAUGUACUAUUUACGAGAGAAUUGGCUAAACGAUUGCAAGGCACGGGAGUAACCGUUAAUGCCGUUCAUCCAGGGGUUGUUGAUACGGAGAUAAUGCGACACAUGGGCAUUUUUAACAGUUGGUUUUCCGGUAUUCUGGUCAAACCGUUUAUUUGGCCGUUCCUCAAAUCGCCGAUUGCGGGCGCUCAAACGUCGGUCUAUGCUGCAUUGGAUCCGGAAUUGGAAAAAGUUUCCGGUCAGUAUUUUAGCGAUUGUGCUGCGAAGGAUGUCGCUGAGCAGGCAAAAGACGACAAGUUAGCUCAGUGGUUAUGGGCUGUCAGCGAUAAGUGGACUGGUACUCUAACUGGAACGGCAGCUGUUUCCUGACAGCGGAUUAUCAAGAAGAACGGCAGCAAAGACAUCAUCAUUUUUAGUGAACCAAAUUUACAGAAAUAAUGCGAUUGGUGUUGGUGGGUGGAGGAACGAUAAAUUUCACCAGAAAAGCUUACGGCAGACGGUCUUCUCUUGUGUAUAAGCGGAUAAUAUUGGCGCCACAUGGGCGGUAAAAUUAGCCGAACCGGAAUUGUCAGUCUAGAGAUAGAAGAACAAACAAUUUGCAUAGUUUCCAAUUAGGAGUUGGCUAAAUAAAAUUAAAAAUAGUCAGCGAAGCUUAAUCUAGGUACAAUUUUGGCAAAGCUUUGCCAUGAGAUGGAAUUAGUCGAACCGGAAUACCCGGUUUAGAUCCAGAAUAACCGAUCAUUUGCAUAGCUACCAGUCUAGAGUUAGUAAAACGAAAUUAGAAAUAGCUUCCUAUGGUUUAGUUUGCUUAGGCUGAGCGCAAUUUAGGCAGACGGUUGAUUUAAAAUAACACCUAAUCAUUGAAUGUUGUGUGAAACAUGUGUGUUAGUUUUGUAAUUUUGGUUCAAUAAAAGUGUUAUC